AUUUUUCAGUUCGGUCGCUGUGCUGUCAUCAUUCGACACAGAUGGACAUUUUUUUCAAAAUUGAAUCUUGUGUAUACAUGGCUAGCUCGUUUCAUCAGUAGAUUGCAUAAAAAGGAUAGUAAAGCCAAGAAGUGCGCGAAGUGGGAAGGAAGUGUACCGCGGUGUGCAACGAAAUCUGGCAGGAAAAAUCGAAUUUUCCUUCCGCAGACGAAGCUUGCAUUUUUGGCUGAUUGCCGUAGGAGGCGCGUUCGUUAAGAAGUGUAUUUCUGCUAGAAUUGUAACGAAGAACGGUGUCUAUAGUGACUCGAGGUCGGAACGGUCAAUAUUUUUUACUCCUGAGGUUACCACCGAUUGUUGGUCCGCAAAAGUGUCGGGAAUUUUGUGUGUGGGAUUUUUUCUCCUCUGUUUCUGCGUUGCGCUGACCUUUGGCUUUUCAAAGGGUUGGAUUCCAAAGGCCAUUCGCACAGGAUCAAGGAUGGGCGAGCACUCGCUGCAGGGUCAAACGCAGGGCGAACAGCCACAGCCGGGGGAAACGGCCGGAACAUCCGGCCAGCUGCAGCAGCAACAACGACAACAGCAGCAGCCGCAUCAGCAAGAGCAACAACAGCAGGGUGUGAAUGAAUUGCGUGAAAUCUGCCAGCUGCUGUGGGGCUCUUCCAUCCGGCAGGAGAUUUUUCACCGGUGGUCGCAGGGCUUUGAGUUUAGCGAUUGCGAACCAUCCGCGCUGGUGCAGCGAGACGGUGGACCCUGUUGUGUAAUCGCACCGGUGCAGGCAUACCUGCUGAAAAUCCUGCUGAUGGAAACACCCGGCCAUAGCUACAGUGAUCUUACCUCGGAUAAAUGUAAAGCACUUCUGAUCCAGGCCAUCUGUCAGAUUCUGAUGAAGUGCAAAUCCACAAAGUAUCGGAUCGUUAGCCUUGAAUCGCGGAAAACUGCCAGCAGCUCCACCCCGGUGAACCCUGUUGAGGAGACCGAUGGCGAUGCGGAGAUGGUGGACGCACUGGAAAACCUUCCGCCUCCGGGUGUGAAUGUUGAGCUGGGAGUGGACGCCACUGUCGACGCGUCGGAUUUGGAAAAUCAAAACACUUCCCCGGCGGUGGGUGGUGUCGACGGUUCGCCAGCUGACGGCGGCGCAAUGGAAGGCGUCGAACCAUGGACACCGGAGGCGUUUCACGAGCGGCUUACCGUCACCGAGAUCGAACACAUCGACGACGUGGAAAAGUAUUACGCCGGUAAUUUUCACGUGCUGGCCGAGGAGUGCGGCGUGUUGCUCGUGAUGUAUACGGUUCUGGUGACCAAGGGAGUGGAAAACGUUUUGAGUGAGGUAUCUGACACCUCAGAACCAUUGAUACAUGGUACCUAUGGUUAUGGUAGCCAGGCCUUGAUAAAUCUCAUGCUGACCGGACGUGCCGUACCCUACGUGUGGGACAACGAACAGGACGUUGGUGGCCUAAAAUUGAAGGGUAUCACACAGCAGUCGGACAUCGGUUUCAUCACAUUGAUGGAACAGAUGCAGUACUGCACCGUUGGAUACUUCUACAAAAAUCCCAAAAACCCGGUGUGGGUGAUGGGCUCCGAGACGCACCUCACGGUGCUGUUCAGCAACGAGAAACGGUUGGUAUCGCCGGAAACGCCGAGUGAGGUGGCACGGCGGGUGUUUCGGCAGUUCGAUACAGAGGGCAGCAAUUUCAUACCGAGUCCGCUGUUGCAGGACGUGCUGUGUGCGCUGGACUUGGUCAGCGAGCCGGAGUAUGUGGACCUGAUGCGCCGGAAGCUGGACCCCGAGAGCCUCGGCAUCAUCCUGCUGAACGAGUUCAUGUACGAGUUCUUCCCGACGGAGAAGAAAUCGAUGCCCGACACGUUCGAUCUGCUGCACUACAACGGCAUACCGAACUCGAACGGCGACAAUCGUGUGCGCUACAGCAAAGGGCACGCCAUUCUGCUGGAGAGCGACGUGCGGAUGUGCAAUCCAUCGGAUCCGAUGCUGACCUGUCUGCAAACCAAGUGGCCUAGCAUCGAGGUUAACUGGAACGAUUCGCGAACGCCCUCGCUGAAUUGACCAACAAGGAUACCAAGGUUUUUGUUGUUUGCGUCGUAAAAAUAGAACACAACGGAAGAGAUACGUGCGCGACAGUGAAGGUCAUUUUCAGAAAACAACCCAAAUACGAAAUAGGAUCUGGUCUGCACGUGUUUAACCUGUAACAAUCCAACACAACCGCCUAGCUUCAGAAUCAAUCACGACCCAUUCCCAUCCUGCUAGUUUUAUUUUUCUGUGUAUAGUGGAAUCCAAUUUUCAUUUCGCCGCCACAUGUCAGCGUUAUGUAUAAAUACACACAACAUCUAACAGCAGACAGAAAACAGUUGAUGCAAAACCAAUCACACAAACUUAUCUCAAUAACCAACUGGGCAUACAUAAAGUAGCUAAUCAAUAACAACAGAAAGAGCAGAGCACUAUAACACAACACAUAGUAGUAUAGGCAGUUCUCUUACCCCUCGGAAAAGCAAAACAAAACAAACAAACCAAAUAAAACUAGUAAUCAACAACCAAAUCAGAUUGAAUCAAUAGGCGCAGCAGCUGGAAAGUGCAACUAGAGGCAAACUAAGGGAUGAUUCGAGAUGCAACAGUUAGAUGUGGUUUAGUUUAGUCUCUCUCUCUCUCUCUCGAGACGAAAAGAAUAAAAUUCCAAAACACUCGAGAAAAAAGAAAAGAAAAAAAAGAAAAAUUCUGAAGACGAAAUCAAAGAUUAUUAUUGAGGAUUGAUCGGAAAAAAAUAUAUAUAAAUAACAGAUACCUUAUUGGAGGGAAAAAAACUGCGACUCGGAUUAUACAUAUAUCGGAACAGAUGGAAAGAAAAGGACUCAUCGAAUUGAAAUAAAUCUUCCAAGAGGUUGAAAUGUUACAACAACAAUAUGGUAAGCACCUUGUUUUUCUCUCUCUUGUUUUCAUAAAAUUCAAAUUUUCGAAAUUUCAUUUCUCACAUAAAGUGAAGCCCACUCAUACAUCGGAACAGAUGUAGAGAGAAAGGUUGUCAUCGAACUGAAAUAAUUAUUCCAAGAGAUUGAAUUGUUUUAACAACAAUAUGGCAAUAAUCAUGUUUUUCUCUUUCUCGCAUAAAUCUCAUUUUCCUUCCCCAUGAAGUAAGACAUUGAUAAACAAAGUCUACAACGUAUAACAAAAAAAAACAUUUUGGUAACAAAUGUAUCUCCUACCGGAAUGCUUCUGGUUCCUCGUCGGAGUUAUCGGAGCUAUCCAGCGAAAUAAUUCUCCUGCGGGGCUGCUUUGCAUUGGAGUUGCCAUGUUGCCCUUGGCGUUUUUUCUCGCGUCGUCGCUGACGCAGUA